UUCGAACUCUAAUUAUAAUAUUGAAAUUAAGUUUUACAUAUUCUGGUGCUAUUGUUUUUUUACUUUCAGGAAACCACGCCUCUUUUCCUUCCAUUUUUUUAUUUCACCCCUUUUUCUUUUACUUUUUAUCCAUGCCUUCACAUAAACUAAUGCUAUUUUAUUUCCAGCCAUUUUCGCAUUUUUUAUUCAUUAUAAGUGUAGGGGGCGUGGCAAUAUGUAAAAAGGCAAGUUAUGACUUCGCGCCUACUCGGUCACACGCCUACUUGGGUCGUACCCAAAAAAAUAUUACGUAG